CACACUUCUAGGGUUUGUGUGUCUGCCCGCGGGUUUGGCAUUGUUCGAGAGCAAUGAAGGUGACGCCCUGCAUCGAUCCAGCACCUGACUUCACGGGUCAGACCAUCGUUCUGCCUGGUGCUGGAGGCAUUGCCAACUUGGGAGAGCUUUGCACGGAUGCGCUGAUCACCAGAUAUGGCCUUCAGCGUGUCGCCAUUGUAGAGAGCAAGCACCUUUUGCCUGUGGCGAUGGUGAAUGCUUUUGACGCUAAAACUCCAGCGCUCACCACAGCAGCAGAGAUCUACCAGGCUGUAAAUGGUGCUUCCACCCUGAGUGUGCUGCAGCUACGCUCUUGUGCAGUGGAGGGAAGACGCUGGGCCGUGGCGCAGGAGUUGCUGCGGUGGGCCAAGGAUGCCGGAGUAGCCAAGUUCUUGGUGUUGGCAUCCUGCUCAGCCCAUGUCAAGGGUGAUGCCGACCUCUCCGAGCCUUCGCCAUUGCGCGCACUUGGUGCCGGGAUCAACGAAUGGCCAGAGCUGCUGCCUUUGGGGCAUAGCCUCAGUGAUGCCGAGCUAGGUGAUGCGCCUGGCACAGCCAAUGCUGCACGGAACCUUCUGCGCGGCAGUGGUUUGGCCCGCCCGCUUUUGGAGGUGGCUGCGGAACCAUCUUCACCCUCGGCCUUCAAACCUCCAUCACGGGUGGCACCAGGUGUGUGCUGCAUUUGUGCCUUUACCAACGAAACGUUGGACUGGCGCCUUCCAGAGCAGUUGCUGGCCGCUGUGUGCAAAUACCUUUCUUUGCCGGCGACGGAGCUGCUGCGGCCGCCAUCCUGGCUACUAGCACAACAGGCACAGAUCGCUCCGCCCGUGAACAACCUCCACCUCUGGUAGACCAAAGCUGAAGCUAUUGGGAAAAACAUGCAGAUUGAGACACUUUCAGGUGGUGGAUGUGCAUCAGUGUACGCUGUUUCAUUUUUUGGCAGUUAUCAAGACGGGUGUCGGUGUUGGUUUAGUAGAAGGUCAAAGGGCAAAGGCCAGAGCAUGCUGGAAUCACAUGAUACGUAAGUAAAACCGAUGCAU